CUCUCUCUCUGCUUUUCUCAGCUUCACAUCUCCCAACUCCCAAAGUCUCAACCUUUCUCUCUCUCUCUCUGUUCCUCUCUUCCCCAUUCACAAUUUCAAAUCCCAAACCCUAAAAAACCUCUGAUCUCAGCCCGACCCAUUUCCCCCCGGAGUCCAGCGGUCCGACCCUUUUCGCCGCCGAUCCGAUCUGGGUCCCCGGCGCCGCCCCCAUUACCCGACCCGGGAGGGGGUUUUAGCUACUGAGUUGAUUAGAAGAAGAAGAAAGAGUUGGUGGGUUUCAGAGAGUAGAGGGCGAAAUGUACAAGAACCAGCUGCAAGAGCUGGCCCAAAGGAGCUGCUUCAAUUUGCCUUCCUACACGUGCAUUCGGGAAGGUCCCGACCACGCGCCUCGCUUCAAGGCCACCGUCAACUUUAACGGCGAGAUCUUCGAGAGCCCUCACUACUGCAACACUCUCCGUCAGGCCGAGCACUCCGCCGCCGAAGUCGCCCUCAACUACCUCUCCAACCGCGGUCCCUCUCACUCCCUCGCUGCCAGGAUACUGGAUGAGACGGGGGUUUACAAGAACCUCUUGCAGGAAAUUGCUCAAAGAGUUGGAGCUCCAUUACCACAGUACACGACAUUCAGGUCUGGCCUCGGGCACCUACCUGUUUUUACCGGGACAGUUGAAUUGGCUGGAAUCACAUUUACAGGGGACUCAGCCAAGAACAAAAAACAAGCAGAGAAGAAUGCUGCAAUGGCAGCUUGGUCAUCUCUGAAACAAUUGGCAAAAGAGACGGCAAGUUCUUCAUCUGAACAUGAGAACAAUGAUGAGCUGGAACAGAUCACUAUAGCACGGGCCUUGCUUAAUUAUCGGUUGAAGGAGAAAAUGUCAAUGGCGAAUCCGUCAGGUCCAAUACUGUUUCCAAAGAAGUUUCCAGCUCAGAACCCCAGACCUACGAGUCCACAGCCUCCAUCUGCUAUGACUUCAAAGAUACUUCCCCUAAUUUGUCAAAAGCAAGCUCCUCGUAGCAGAUUCCAAUCGAAUGCAUCGAAUGCUACAAAUGAAAGUCUUGUCCCAUCCUCACAUUCUUCUCCAGUGGAAAGCCGAUGGACGCGUCCACAGAGAUUCCCUGCUGCAGGAGCAGUUCCUUACGUUCCCAUUCGACAGAUGAGGACUCCUUGCCAUAGGAUGGCACCUCCAGUGACUAUAAGGACAUCAGUGCCUGUGUUCUCUGCACCACCCCUUCCGCCACCUCCUGGGUUACACCGCCAGACAAUGUGUGUUCCACCCAUACGAGUGGCUCCACCGGUUACUAUGAGGCAAGCUGUGCCUGUAUUUGCUGCUCCACCGGUGAGAAGAGAUGAUUCAAAAAAGGAUGAUCUUCCAACCAGUCGAAAAGAAGAGUCUCCAAUCGUCCCUAAAGAAGCUGCUCCUGCUGUCAUUGCUCCUGCUGUUACUGCUGCUGCUUCUCCUGCUGUUAUUGCUCCUCCCCUUCCAAAUAAAUCAAUAGCUCAAGUAGUGGAAAAAAGUGGAAGCACAUCGGCAAACGAUUUGCAGGAAUCCAAGACAGUGCAAGGCUUGGAACAACUAAAAAUUUGAAGCGAAUCCAAGACAGUGCAAGGCUUGGAACAUCUAAAAAUUUGAAGCGAAUCCAAGACAGUGCAAGCCUUUGAACAACGGCAAAUUUGAAGGUGGUUGGGAAGAAGUUAAACCAUGGGAGACAUAGGUGGUUGUGUUAGCCAUAAGCUUGUUUUGUCAUAUUUCUCAUCUUGUUAUAUGUGUUUUUCUUUUAGUUACCCCUCUUAAUCGUCUACCCGUUUUAUUUCGUGAAAAGCGACAGUUGUCAGGUUGGUUUAGAAUUAGCAGUCUUAUGUUUAUGCCAUUUAAGAGUUAGCUGUUCAGUUUUGCUCUUUGAUUACUAGUUCUGCACUUCUGCAUAUAACGGGAUGGG